CUUGUCAUCUUUCUGAGUUCAUUAUAUAGUUAAUGUUACAACAUGCUACAAAAAUUAAAAUGAGAAGUAACUGUUUGUUGUAAAAAUUAGAAUUAUAAGUAAGUUGAGAAAUAAAAUACAAAAAGUGAUAUAUACAAAAACAGAUUACUUCAACAAUGAAUAACACAGAAGAAUUAAUGUCGGAUAUUUAUAAUACUUUAGUAAAAAUACGAUAUCCUAAAAUUACAACAACAGUAGCUCAAAAUGUAUAUUCAAUGAUUCUUAGUGGAGAAAGUAGAAUUUCAUUAUUAUCUUGGAUUUUGACUGAGAAAUCUCCGGAAAUAGCUACUAAAUUACAAAAAUUAAAAGGCGAUAUUUUAGAAGCGGAAUUAUUCAAAUGUUAUUCUGAAAUUGGAAUUUGCACUGACAAAAAUUUAUUACUGGGAAAUUGUAAGUUGGAAGAUGAACUUUCUACUUUAAGAUUAUUAUUAGAUUUUAUAAAGUGUAUGUUUAUUGAAUCAUCUGAUAUUGAGUAUGAAGAAAAAGAAUCCAUUGAUGAUAUAUUAAAUGUCUAUAUUAAUGAAGAUCUAAGUGCACUAACAUCUAUUGUUAAACCAAAGUUAAGUUAUUCUGAAGCUCUGGAGUAUUUUGAUAAUUUACAAAAGCAGUUGGAUGAAUCUUCCAGUUGUAAAUUAGAAAAGGAACAUCUAGAAGAACAUCCGACAGAGAUUAAAAGAGAAGAGAACAAUGAGGAAGAGCAAACUUCAAUAUUUAACACAGAGAAAGAAAAUUUCAUAGAAGCUUUUUCAAAUAUUGGAUCAUGGCCAAUGCUUAAAACAAAAAGUACAAGAAGUAAUUUGUAUUCCAUGGAUGCUGAUAUAGAAAACAUAUAUUCUAAUUUUUUAUCUUUAACACAGUUUCUGCAAGCAAAGGAAGAAAUAUGUAAUGCAAGUAUACCAAAGGAAAUAAGCAAAAUAAAUACAUCAUUAAGUGAAAUUGUUGAAGAGACUGCUGUAGCUACUGAGGAAAUUUUAAAUGUUACAAAUAAUUACUGAUUUUCAAUAUUAUCGUUUCUGUAAUUUUGUAU